AGCUUGAGUCCGGGAAAAAGGGGCUCAACCUAGUCAUCAUCGGACACGUCGAUGCGGGCAAGUCUACGCUUAUGGGACGGCUGAUGUACGAGCUUGGAGAGAUGGACGAGAAGAUCAGGAGGGAGAAUGAGCGCGGGAGCGAGCGUGCGGGGAAAGCCAGUUUCAAAUGGGCUUGGGCGCUAGACGAGAGUGCUGAGGAGCGAGAACGAGGAGUGACGAUGGACGUCGCUACUACGCAUAUUCGCACUCCUUCGCUCCUUAUAACCCUGCUUGACGCGCCGGGCCACGCGGACUUUGUCCCCAAUAUGAUCUCCGGUGCUGCUCAGGCCGACGCGGCCCUGCUCGUGGUGGACGCCGCGCCCAACUCUUUUGAAGCGGGGUUCGAGAGGGCGGGGCAGACGAGGGAGCAUCUGGUGCUUGUACGCGCACUGGGAGUGAGCCAGGUCGUCAUCGCUGUCAACAAGAUCGAUCUGCAGGCGAUCGACCAAGAAUCCCGAUAUGACGAGAUCGUCUCCACCCUCUCUCCCUUCCUCGUCCAGUCUGGCUUCCAACUCCAACGCACGGUAUUCGUCCCCCUGUCAGGGAUGGAAGGGCUCAACCUGACCGAAACGUCGCUCCCUUGGUACACCGGUCCGACACUACUCGAUGCCCUGGACGCACUCAAGCCCCCCCAACGGCCGUAUACGCUCCCUCUGCGGAUCCCGCUGGCCAACGUCUUCAAAGGCCAGACAGCGAUGGCCUCUGGCGUCGGGGUAUCGGGGACAGUGGCGAGCGGGGUAGUGCAGGUCGGGGACCGCGUGAGGAUCUUACCAGGGGACGAGAGCGCCGUUGUCAGACUGAUAGAGCAGGACGAGUCAAGCCUGCCUUGGGCAGCAGCAGGGUCGACCGUAACGCUCUACCUCGCCGGGGUAGACCCGAUCCAUCUCGACAUCGGCUCCGUUCUCUGCCCCCCCGACGCCCUCGUCCCCCUCACAACAACCUUCACAGCCCAGAUAAUCGUCUUCGAUAUCCAGCUGCCGCUCACCUCCGGCGCCUCAGUAGAACUCUUCCACCAUUCACGAGACGUCCCAUGUACGCUUACCCUCCUGUCUACGCUAGACCGAACGACGGGCACGGUGCUCAAGCGGAAUCCAAGAGUGCUGACUCGCGGCCAGUCGGCCAGAGUACAGGUCUCCUUGAGGGAGGGGACGAUCUCGGGCGCGGGGGAACGGGUGGCGCCUGUUCCGCUCGAGACGUUUACGGUGAAUAAGGAUAUGGGGAGGAUCUUGUUGAGGAGGGGGGGCGAGACGGUCGCUGCGGGUAUCGUAUUGGAUCUACUGGGAUAACUGCAACGAGGAGGAGAGCAGGCAGAACAGGGUGUAGGAACGCACUUGUAGAUCAUAACCACGUGAAAUCAAG